AUGGCGCGAACCAGGUCGAAUAUGCGCCAGAGCCGGGCACUAGCAGUUGAUUUCCUAUUCUGGAAUCGCGAAGUCUCGCGCGAGAGAUGGAUAGCGUACGUAGUAGUCAAUGGGACGGAGUGGGCCAAUACAAUUGCUCCGUUGCCGGACCAGCUGCCCGACCGUGAUGGCACACAUGUGCAGUGCUGGCACACCCAACUCCAUAUCGAGCAUGAUGUCGCGGCCAAGCCGAUCCAGACGACCGAAACCCAAAAUGCCGUCCCGCGGCAGACGCAAAUGGGGCUGCCCCCCGCGGUCGAGUCUCGCCUUUCUGCGGCUGCGAGUUGUCGCCGCCAAAAGCCGAACCAAGCUCGCAGCAAAGUAGGACGACGGUCGGUGUUUACCUCGUUCCCUCCGAGUUUCGGUGGUCACGGCCCGGAGAUGCUUCUUAUCUUUCGGCCGAAACACGGCGCCGACACUACUUCGCCUGCCCCUCCAUUUAGACUGAUCCCGCGGUCUGCUAGUCCUCAGCUUACAGGAGCAUUACAAGGUGCACAUGUCCCGUUCUUGAGCUGGAAUGGAAACUCUUGCCUCUCCCACACCUCAUCCUUCGGUCGUGUCUUCGUUUGUGUGGCGUUUUGUGCCUUCCUAAAUGUCCACUGUGGACACAUGGUUCGAGCACUAUCUCCUGCCGGCCAUCCACGACCUGCACCAAUCUCCAUGAACAACUCAUCGCUGGGCGUCUUUAGCAAGCUCCAUGUUUGUAAAUCUUUCAAGAAUGACUGCUUCCUUGCGUGCGCUUAA